AUGAGUGAGGAUCCUUCCUUUGUCACUCUGACGCUCCAGCAGCGUAUCGCCGCCUUGAAUGCCGCCCAUAUUGGCCGAAUACCUGGGGAGCCACCCCGACCCUCGCCGCGCCCCCCUCCUCCUGUCCCUUACAGACGUCCCCCUCUGGUCAAACAGAACACCAUCAACAACCCGCCUGAACACCUCAAUGGUUCAGUUACCGACUCGAGACCAGGUAAUCAGCCUGCUCCUCCACCUGCGGCGAGAAAACAGCCUCCGCCCCUCCCUUGUCGAAAUCCCCCGCUUGAAGAACAGAGGCGAGGUUCGGUGACAUCGAUCAACUCUAGUGGUACGAGUGACACCGCCUCUUCAAGGGCCACAACCACUCGUACCAAGUCUACAGACUCAACCAGCCGGAUUAAAGCACCGGCAUGGGGCGAGUGCGAACUUCCUUCUCUACCUCCUCGGAGUGGUAAUACACCUGUGGUCUCUCGAAAGCACUCGGAGGAUCUUCCCAAAUAUGUCAGUCGAGUUCCAUCAAGCACAACACUCGUCACUUCAGCCACCACUGCGGAAGCAAAACCUGCACCCCCUCCGCGCCCAUCUCUUCCGCCGAGACGCCCUUCCCGGAAACAUGAGGCUGAACAUCGGGAGCAUGUGGCCGAGACUCUAAGGAAGAUGCCUCCCGUACCCUCGGUUGAAUCAAUAGAAAAGGCAAAAAAGGCGGCGUUCUUCUAUAACACCCCCAAAGAACAACCAUACCACCAGGAAUCUGUCCCGGUCAUGGAACCAAUUCAACUGCCGCUGAAAGAACCUGUGUCACUACCUCUGCGAGAACAACCAGGCCCAUUGUUAGCCAGGGGGCACGUCCCUGUCUCAUUGGGAGAGACCAUAAAUGGUUACUUGAAAGAUGUCCAAUCGGCGCCACCACCCGUCCCAAAGUUCUCUCGACCAGAUCUUUCUGCCAUACAGGCGACUAAACCCAAAUUUGCCCCGAGCACUACUCCAGUGCAGGGCAGUCUUCCGGCUGCGUCCAGUGUCUGUCUUGUCUGCCGAGACUUCUCUGGCCCCGAUACCCAAGCCACUCUGUUCCCUAGGGCUCAGGUCACCUCGUUACAGGUCUUAGCCCACCAGCUAACCUCUCCAUUUCCAUCUCCUACCGACAAGGCACGAGCAAUUUUCACCUGGCUACACCACAACAUUGCCUAUGAUGUUGUUAGCUUCUUUAAUAACAACGUACGAGGAUCAACGCCACAAUCAACCCUACAAAGUGGCCUGGCAGUUUGUGAAGGCUAUGCUGCGCUUUUUACAAAUCUUGCGACCUAUGCUGGCCUCGAAUCUGUCGUUAUCUCAGGUCAUGGCAAAGGCUAUGGUUUCAAUGCCCUCCCGCCUGGGGCUCCUCUUCCCCCUUACAAUGCAGGUCAUGCAUGGAACGCUGUUAAGAUUGACGAUGGAGAAUGGAAACUUAUCGACACGUGCUGGGGUGCAGGCUAUGUCCAAGGUGCAGGUCGCCCCUACGUGGCUAAAUUUAACCCGGAUUUCUUCACCAUGUCGAAUGAAGAAUUUGCGAUCAAGCAUUUCCCGGGCAAUAAAGAUCAGUUUUUCCUUCCUGGGGGACGACGCAUGAGUUGGGAAGAGUAUAUCGUGAUAGACCCUGCCUGCUGGCCAGACAUGGUUGAAGGACCGACGAUUUUUACAAAUGCAAAAGAAGACUACUCGAUUGGCGAGAAGUCGGUGUUUCCGCGAGCGAGGAAAAUCAGCGUACGUCAGCCCGAUAGUGUCCGAUUUCAGUUCGGUCUCAGAUGUGCGCACUGGACAUUGGAACGACAUACGCAAAAAGGACCACCCCCGGUAUUCAUUGUCUCGAUUAAUGGUGUUGAUGGGCGAGACAAGGAUCUUGUUCCCAUGGACUACUAUCCCGGCCCCACGGGACAGGGUGGUGAUAUAUGGGCGGUCGAUAUCCCAGCCCGCCAGCUGGGUGCACCUGGCCAGACCAUCACGCUGUUUGCAGUCACGACCUUUGGCAACAGGCAGGAUGCUCGAGGUCUCACAGUGGUGGAGUUUCGCGAGGGCAAAGGCAGAGUUGGGAUGGGAUUUACUGGCGUCGCAGCCUGGGACUUGGUUUGA